AUGGCAAGUCAACCCAAAGGCUCCCAGUCACGACGUCCUGCCAGUGUGUCCGGUGGCUCAGCCAAUGUUGGUGGGCAUGUUGCGAUCGGCGUAAACCAUCCGAUGAUGUCAUUUCUUUCGGAGACGGCGAGCCAACAAGUAACCGCAGCCGAAAUGGUAAACACUGCAAAAGGAGCCAUCCCCAAGGUACAGCCGCGACGUUUCUCCAGUGCGCCAGGUAUGCUAACCGAUGUUGGCCGUCAGGUCGUAAAUCGCGGAAACCAUCCGGAGGAAUCAUUCCCUUCGGAGACGACGACCCACCAGGUAAACGCUACCGGAACGGUGAGAACCACAGCUGAAGCCAUUCCUAAAGUACAAAAGAAGGCAACUAAGAUUAGAAGUAAACGAAUAUCAGUCCCUGUCAGACGAAACCCCCCUCGCCGCGUUCGCUUAAAUCCAGUCAGCAGUUGCGGGCUAUGUAAUGAGCCUGAUAAUUUUGCCAUGGUACAGUGCGACGAAUGCGACUGGUGGUACCAUUUCGCGUGUGUCGAAGUGAGUCAGUCAGUGGAAAACAUAAGCUGGUCGUGCCCCGGGUGCGCAAGUGUAGUCGUGGUGAGGACCCCCCGAGCAGCAGCGAAAAGUGUGCCCGAGAUCCAGCAGCCCAACCAGAAUCAACAACAACAAAAUCCACCCCCCAACGUCACAGCAUCGGUGAAAUCGUACGGGAAAUCAAGUAGGCGAAGUGAGAAAAGGAGAAUCGAGCUGCAGCUACAAAAACUGGAAGAAGAACGUACUUGCCAGUGGAAGUACCUGGAGGAGAAGUACAGCCUGCUUCAGGAGCUGGAAAGCGAAACUUCAUCUCUAGUCAGCCAUCCGGAUUCGAUGUUGGAGAAUGCAACAAAGGUUCGGCAGUGGAUAGAGGAUACGGAGAAAUGUGGCGACGAUUCAGGCCUCGUCGACGUAGGACCGGAAAACGAACCAGUGCUGUGCAACUCGUCGAAGCCCCAAGCGCUCGAGAAUUCAAAUCAAGAGCAACCAGUCGAUGAUGGAUCCGAGAUCGCUUCAUUACUCCGCGAACUGCUAGCUGUAGAUCGCCGAGCACCACCGGCGUGUGCUGUCCCGGUGAUGAAUUCCAGUAAUGCGGUCUCGCGCCCGAUUUUGAAUAAAGGUUCUGGCGCAGAACGAGGAAUGUCGGCCCCUAGACGGAAUUCAGAGACGAUUGUUGAAAUGUUGAGGCAGUUUUCGGAAAGGAUCGUUCCACCGGCAGACCAGCGGAGUCGUCGUACUACUCCGUCAAAUUUCCCUGAAGAAACAAUUGCAAAUCAGCGGGAACCGGAAUGCCGUCCGAAUGUUCAACCCGGUGUAUGUGCGCAACAAGAGGAACGUAGGGAAACUGGAACCUUCACCGGCGGAUUAAAUUUCAUUCCCGGACAAGGAUCUACCCCGGUCGCUCCAGUCCUGCAGCAGCAGCCACCGAUGCCCCCCGUAGCCGGAACCUUCGCCGGCGGAUUAAAUUUUGUUUCUGGGCAAGGAUCUACUCCGGUUGCUCCAGUCUUACAGCCACGGCCAUCGAUACCUCCCGUAAUCGGAUUCGACGACGGAGAUACUACCCACCGGCUGAAUAGAAGUCAGCUGGCCGCUAGACAAGCCGUGUCCAAGGAUCUGCCGGACUUCAAUGGGAAUCCUGAAGAUUGGCCGCUUUUCUUUUCGAUCUUCAACUCGUCCUCCCAGCUAUGCGGAUUCUCGAAUGAAGAAAACAUGCUGAGAUUGCGGAAAUGCCUUAGAGGAAAAGCGCUAGAGGCAGUCAAGUGCCGCAUGCUCCAUCCAUCGAACGUACAGGGAGUUAUGGACACCCUUAAGAUGUUGUAUGGACGACCAGAAACGAUCAUUCAGGCUAUCGUCAGGAAGAUUCGGGCAUUACCGUCUCCUAACAUCGAAAGGUUGGAUACGGUGAUCCAAUUCGCCCUCAGUGUCGAGAAUCUGGUGGCGAUGGUGGAAGCAUGCGAAAUUGGGGAUUUUAUCUACAACGCUUCCUUGAGAUACGAGUUAGUGGAACGAUUGCCGCCAACGCUGAAGCUAGACUGGGCAAGAAAUUCCCGAAAUACACUCAACCCAAAUCUCUUGGACUUCAGCUCGUGGCUCCGUUUUAUCGCCGAGGAUGCUAGCGCGGUUUCAAUUUCUGCUGGCAGUGAUAACCGUUUUAGAUCUUCGAAAAAGGAUGGGUUUUUGAAUCAUCACGCAGAAGAAGACCGUCAACAAUCGGAGAAACCGUCGGUCGCUCAAGGGAGCAACAAACCCUUUUCAAAAGACUUCGCCAAGGCAUGCCCCGGAUGUAAAGGAAGCUGUUCAUCAUUGGCGGAAUGCAAACGGUUCAAGGAGCUCAGCUACGAUUCCAGAUGGGCGGUAAUACGAGAAUUCAACGUUUGUCGGAAAUGCCUGCGCAAACAUUACGGUCCAUGCAAGCAGAAAAAAGCGUGUGGUGUCAAUGGCUGUACGUAUUUGCAUCACUCUCUUCUACACAGCGAAGCAAGGAAAUCGACGACCACAACAGCUACUCCUUCAACACCAACUCCUCAAGCUCCAGCAAAUACCAGCUGCAACGUACACCAAGGACAGUCCGAAAUCCUGUUCAGAUUCGUUCCAGUUCUUCUACAUGGUCCGGCAAAGUCGAUUCGAACCUACGCCUUUGUAGACGACGGUUCGGAACUCACACUGAUGGAACAGAGGCCUGUCACAGAAGUUCACACUGUUAGGAGUCUGCAGUUGCGACCACAGACGCUGCAAAUUCCUCAGCUGCAGGAGAAGUAUCGGCAUCUUGGAGGUUUGCCGGUGGAAUCUUCCGAAGAAGUCAGCCCGCGACUCCUCAUCGGAUUGGAUCAUGCAAGUCUGGGAAAUGCGAUGAAAUCCCGCGAAGGCAAGCCAAACGAGCCCAUAGCCGUCAAAACUAGGUUGGGAUGGAUGAUUUACGGGUGCUGUUGCAAAACGAACGACGAUGUCAGCCAUGUCAAUCAUCACAGCGUUCAGCUAUGCCAGUGCGAGACCGAUACGGACCAGGAGUUGCACGAAGCCAUGAAAAAGUACUUCUCUCUGGAGAGCCUCGGAAUCAGCAAACCGGAAAAACUGCUCCUGUCUAAAGACGAUCAACGAGCCAACGAACUCCUGGCAACGCUGACGACACGCAAGAAUGGCCGUUAUGAAUCCGGUCUUCUGUGGCGUUAUGACAACGUGCGGCUUCCGGACAGUAGAGCGAUGGCAUUACGGCGAUGGGAAUGUUUGUAUCGACGGAUGCAGAAGGAUAAAAACCUUGCGCAAGCAAUGAAUGCGAAAAUGCAAGAGUACCUGACCAAAGGAUACAUACGGAAGUUAACGAAGGAAGAGCUAGAGAUGUCCAACAACCGAGUCUGGUAUCUUCCGAUAUUUCCGGUAGUCAACCCUAACAAGCCCAAAAAGAUACGGGUUGUGUGGGACGCAGCUGCAAGCUGUUAUGGAGUAUCCCUUAAUUCCGUUCUGCUCAAAGGACCCGACCUGCUGGCUUCUCUUCUUUCAGUUCUGGUGCGAUUUCGGGAGUUCCGCGUAGCUGUUUCCGGUGACCUCAGGGAAAUGUACCACCAAGUCCUGAUGAGACUUCAGGACCAGCACUGCCUACGGUUCUUUUGGAAGGAGAAUCCAGAUGACGCUACACCCAGCGUAUACGUGCUGCAAGUAAUGUCCUUUGGGGCGUGCUGCUCUCCAAGUACCGCCCAAUACGUCAAGAACACCCACGCAAAGCAGUUCGAGCAGGAAUAUCCGAAUGCGGUCGACGCUAUCAUUCACCAGCAUUACGUGGACGAUAUGCUCAUCAGUGCCGAAACGGAGGAGGAAGCAAUCCAGCUAGCUACGGACGUGAAGAAGAUCCACGAGUCCGGUGGAUUUGAGAUGCGGAACUGGAUAUCAAACUCACCGGCGGUAGUUGCUGCGCUUGACGGAGAAGGGACCAACGAGAAGAAUCUGAGCAUAGGGGAAGCGGAGACCACCGGAAAAGUGCUCGGAAUGUGGUGGGAUACGAAAGCCGACUACUUCACAUACAAGGUAUCCGCCCGCCAUGACGCUGAGUUAUUGGCUGGUAAUAGACGACCGACGAAGCGUGAAGUGCUUCGGACCCUGAUGAUGGUGUUCGACCCACUCGGGUUGAUCAGCCACUUCCUCAUGUUCCUUCGAAGCCUUCUGCAGGAGAUUUGGAGAGCGUCCGUCGACUGGGAUGAGGAAAUUCACGACUGUCACUUCGAAAAAUGGCUGACCUGGUUGCGGAUUCUCCCUCAAGUUUCGAACGUGAAAAUUCCCCGCUGCUAUCGCAUCGCAACUUCUGCAGGAGAGAACACCGUCGUACAAAUGCACACUUUCGUGGACGCAAGCGAGAAUGGAUUUGCGGCCGUCGUCUAUCUGCGAUUCCAAGAAGGAAGUACCGUGGAGUGUUCGCUAGCUGGAGCAAAAACCAGGGUCGCUCCGCUAAAAUUUCUAUCUAUUCCGCGAUCUGAGCUGCAGACGGCCGUCAUUGGAGUCAGACUGGCGGAUUCGAUUCUGGCAUCUCUUUCGAUAAAGGUUCAAAGGCGCUACUUCUGGACAGAUGCGAGGGACGUGAUGUGCUGGUUGCAUUCGGAUCACCGGCGCUACAGCCAGUUUGUAGGAGUUCGAAUCAGCGAGAUACUGGAGUCGACGGAGAUAAAAGAAUGGCGGUGGGUUCCCACAAAGUUGAACGUGGCGGAUGAUGGGACCAAGUGGAAGGGAUGUCCUGACUUGAGUGCAUCCAGCAGAUGGUUUUGCGGACCUGAUUUUCUUCGAAACCCCGAGGAAGACUGGCCUACGACCUCGCAGAUUGUGAAGGCGACCGAUACGGAGCUUCGUCCGCAUCUACAUCUCCAUUUCAAGGCUUUCGACCCGAUCAUCGAUGCUAGCCGGUUCAGCAAAUGGACAGUCCUUUUGAAAACUACUGCGUAUGUGUUCAGAGCCAUCAAAAAUAUGCAACGGUCCUUCCGAAACUCUCCGAAGGCGCACAGACCUUUCUCCCGUGAUGAGUUCAUCAUGGCCGAGAGCUAUCUCUACCAGGUGGCCCAAAGGAGCACGUAUAUGGAGGAAAUCGCCAUCCUGUCUACGAAGCUCCAAAAACCGUGUGAAAAACCGAUUCCCAAAAGCAGCUCCCUCUACCGCCUCUGUCCGAUCAUGGAUGAAAAGGGGAUUCUACGGAUUCGCGGACGAACCAACGCUUGCCAGUUCAUCGAUAGCAGCAUCGCCAAUCCCGUCAUUCUGCCACGAGACCACCAUAUUACUCGGCUUAUCGUACUGGACGUCCAUCAACGCUUCCUGCAUCAGAACCACGAAACCAUCGUAAAUGAGCUGAAACAACGCUUCUACAUUCCUCACCUCAAGGCAGUCUACAAGUCGGUCCGCAAUAGCUGUCAAACCUGCAAGAACGAAGGAGCUCGACCACAAGCACCGCUGAUGAGCGAUCUGCCGCCUGCUCGUCUAGCGGCCUACAGUCGACCUUUCAGCCACAUGGGGGUGGAUUAUUUCGGCCCAAUGACGGUAUCCAUAGGCCGCCGAACGGAGAAACGCUGGGGAGUCUUAGUCACUUGCCUGACCGUACGGGCAAUCCACCUGGAAGUCGCGCACUCACUGACAACUGAUUCGUGUAUCAUGGCUCUGCGCAACGUCAUGGGCAGGAGGGGAGUACCAGUCGCCAUAUACAGCGACCAUGGUACGAAUUUCGUAGGGGCCAAGAAGGAGCUACAGGCCGCACUCGAACAAUUGGACCACGAUAGGAUCGUAGCGGAAUUUACUUCAUCUCAAACCACCUGGCACUUCAUCCCUCCUAUGUCCCCUCACAUGGGAGGAGCUUGGGAGAGGCUGAUUCGGACGGUCAAACAGAACCUGGAGAAGCUGCUUCCGAGUCGUCUGCCAUCCGACGAAACGCUGCGGAGUACGCUCAUUGAGGUGGAAAGUAUCGUCAACUCGAGACCCCUGACGGAAAUACCUCUUGGCGACGAUCAAUCUCCUGUGCUGACACCUAACCAUUUCAUCAUGGGGUCGUCGAAUGGAAUGCUGCCGUGGACCUGCUUCGAUGACAACCCCACCCGAUUGCGGCAGAACUGGCGGAUGUCACAAAGCCUAGCGGAUCAAUUUUGGAAGCAAUGGCUGCAUGACUACCUCCCUUCACUGACUCGUCGAGCGAAGUGGUUCACUGAAGCGAAGCCGAUCAAGGUCAACGACAUCGUGAUCAUUGUUGACGCACGGUUUCCUCGCAACUGCUGGCCCAAGGGGCGAGUGAUCGCCACUAAUGUAGCACCAGAUGGGCAAGUCAGGUGGGCUACAGUGCAGACCGCUAAAGGUAUAUACGAGCGACCAUCCGUCAAACUCGCGGUGCUCGACGUCGGCGUAGGAGGAAAUGCAACUCAGAUGGAUCUUCGGUGCAUUGAAGGGGGGAGUGUUGCGCGCGCCACGUCGACCAGCGAGCCUAGUCCGUCCCUGGUUGUCGACAACAAACGUCAGCCGUGA